AUGGCAUCUUUAAACCAACUGAAAUUUCACUAUGAUUUUGAUCUAGCAACGUUGCGAUCUUUCUCGCGCAUUAGCUUCGGCUACCAAGCACGCUCCUCUCGUGUCCACCACAAACUCUUCAUUAUGGAAAUCAAAAUGGCUUCCAGUUUAACAUCACUUGAUUUUUAUCUACUCGAUGAUAUUGAUGCCUACUUAUCACCUAUACAAUCUAAAACAAAUAAAAAUGAUUUAAUUAACGAUACUAUUGAUGAUCAUAGUCAACAUCAUGAAGAUCUGCUUACAGAUUUUGAUUUUUCUGCUUUUGAAGAAAAAUCAGAUUUCAUUAAUUCCCUCGAUAUCGACGAAUUAGAUAUUGAGAAAUGGAUCACUCAAUCAUCUUUUCCAUCACCACCAAUGGACUCGACCAUUUCUUCAGAUGAUGAUGUUUCAACAACCACUUUUUCUGAAUAUCCAAUCAAUAUCGAUAUGGUUGUUCCACCAUCUCCCCCGCUAUCAACUGCAACAUCAUCACCAGCACCAUCGACAAAGAAAAGCAAACUAUCCGUGAUCGACCGGAAAUUGCGAAAGAAAGAUCAAAAUAAAACUGCCGCUGAAAAGUAUCGUGUAAAGAAAAAAUCGGAACGUCAUUUUUUGCUUGAUCGACAUGCGGCAUUGAAGAACACAAAUCGAGAACUGAAAUUGGAAUUGGAAAACUUAACUUUUCGUGUCGAAAAAUUCAAACAAUUAUUUGUUGAUUUACUUCAAAUCGAUCCUUCAACAGGAAAUUAA